AUGGCCCCUCGCAAGCGUCCAGGGCGGGGCCUCUCCGAUAUAUUCUGCUGUUUUAAAGGGAGUGAUCACCCGGAGAUCACCUACCGCCUCCGCCAUGACAGUAACUUCACCCUACAGACCAUGGCGCCAUCCCUGCCCAUGCCGCCUGAGGAGGAGCUGGAUGCCAUGUUCUCUGAGCUUGUGGUACGUACUGUUCCUGGACUGGGCUUGGCCCACUGCCAUGCUGACAAGCUUAAUCUUGCUCUCUGUCUCUCUGUCUCUGUCUCUCUCUCUCGCUCUCUCUCUCUUGUCUCUCUCUCUCUCUUUCUUUCUCUUGUCUCUCUGUCUCUGUCUCUCUCUCGUCUCUCUCUCGCUCUCUGUCUGUCUUCCUGUCAUCUGUCUCUCUGUCUGUCUCUCUGUCUCUCUCUACUCUGCCUCUCUCCCCCAUACAGAGCUGCUGGUUGGUAGUUAGUUCAGCUCUACACUAUAAAUAAAAUGUAGAUGACUAGUAAAGGGAUCUUGCCAUAAAAAGCACUCUUGUUGACAAUGACUUUUAAACAAAAUGAUUGCGUUGGACGUAAAUGUUUUCGUUUGGCUUUCAUUUAUUACAUGAUUACAAUCUAAUCAAAAGCUUUCAGGACUGUGAAGUAUUUAACUAGCUUAAUCACAUGUGAGGGAUACGUGGACGGCUGCCAUGUUGGAAGGCGAAGCGGCCAGGUCUGCACUUGCUUUACUUCAACUCUGUUUCCAGGGCCUGGCUGUGUUAUUGACUCAUAAAUACUCACUGAGGGAGGGGCUCGCUUUUGAUAUACUAUAUGUUCUCUGAUAUACUCUAUGUUUGCUUGUUUCCAGCCAAAUCAAUGUUUCUUGACUGCAAUAUAAAGGUGCUUUACUACUAGCUUGAGUACACUAAAACACAUGUAGACUGCUCUCUGCACAUCAACCAUACAGUAUUUCAGAUAAAGGACCGUUCAGAAAGCUCAGAGGCCCAUGGCGUCCUGUUUGUAUGGUCAAUCGGGUCAGUGCUCAUGCCUCUAUAAAGAUAGAGAAUGGCUUCUUCCUAGUCCUCAUCCUAAUAAUCCCAACCUCUCUGUGACCAAACCUCUCUGUGAUAUUCUGGUUCCUCUCACUAAUUAUCCAUUAAAGGGUUAACAGCUGUGAGUGAGACCAUACAGCCCGUCUUCAUUUAGAUCUGCAGACUCCAUUGAGCAGGGGGCCGGUGAGCGUCUGUGCAGGCAGGGGCCACCAGCGCGUGACAGUGCCUGUCCCCCCCCAGCAGCAGCCAGCAGAGCAGCCAGUGGUACGGUUGGGCCCCUCGCCUCGCAGGGCUGCACGCGCUCUGCCGAGUCACUCGUCCCUGGCACUGGCCAAACAGGCCUCCUGCAGAGAACCCAUCUGCAGCCAUUGUGUCCUGACGGGACCUCUCACAAUGGGCCAAAACAGAGAUGUCAAACAGUGUCAGCCUAAACCCUAGUCUGGUAAACACCCUGGCUCUAUGCCUCAGGACGAGGGAAAUAUGGCUUGGGCCAUGUUCAGUGAGCACGAAACGGAAGAAAAUAUUCCAAAACGCUGAUAGACGAGGGGAUGUUGCCAACCAUCUUUGAAAGAAGAAGAAGAAUACAGGAUACAUAGUGAGACCUGUGUUUGUUCUUCUCUUUUAAGUUAUUUAUAUUACUUCAAAGGUUGGCAGCUAAACGAUUGAGGAAACGCUCUAGUUAUCUCUGUUAUUUCAGUCCUCCAUUCUGUCCGUCCGGCCGUCCCUCCGUCCGUUGAUGUACCAGCCAGUUGUCUCUCUGACUUGGGACUCCAUAGGGCUCGUCUGGAUAAGAUCAGGCCUGUAGCUUGGCAGACCUGGAGAAGAGAUGUGGCAUCUGGCAGUGACGUUUUCUCUCUGGUAUGCCUGUUGUUCACACUGGACUAUCUGCUCUGCUAUUGCUACUCUGUUUAGAUUGGUUUUAUGUUAGCCACAUUUCAUGCUGUCUGUUGGUCAAAACCAUUAAUUUUUUCACUCCUCUCCUCCACCUCCUCCAGUCAUCACAGUGCUGUUAUGAAGAGAGAUAGUUGACCUGGCUGUUAAUAAUAACUUGCACAUGAAGUUGAUGUAUUUGCACCCAAACAUAUCGUUUGAGAAUGAUCCAGUUCAGGCAGGAAUGCUGAUGCAUUAUGGUUGUUGUCAUUGAAAUAGGGUGUUGUAGGGUCGCUCUUAAUGUAAUAAUUGAUAUCCCACUUGGCAGCCGUCCUGUCCGGAAUCUUUCCAAUGGAAUUCUAUGGGAUGUCAAUAUUAAUCUGAUAUUGCAGGGACAAUGGAUGUUUGGCUGUAAGUGGUCAUGAUUGGUAACAGACACAGAGAGCAGACAGUGGAUCAAUGACGCUGCAGGCUGGUUUAGAUGCAGGGAACAGCAGACACACACAGAUGGAGCAUUUGAGUUCAUAAUGUAUCUUUCUAUUAUCAGCACAUCUUCUCAUAUCUUUAGCUUGAUCAAUCCGCUUCCUCCUUUCUAUUAUCAGCACAUCUUCUCAUAUCUUUAGCUUGAUCAAUCCGCUUCCUGUCUUACUCACGAAACCAGUUUGAAAGCGAAAACAAAAUCUUGUGAGAAAUCACAAAGCCAAGAUCACUUAAGAACACUGGAUCAGCUUACAAUUAGCAUAAUACGAGUUUUCCAUGGAUCAGGAAAGAUUAGGUAGUCCCUCUUACCACAAGUUCAUGAAAGUGUGUCAGACAUGGAGGUGCCUAAUAUCCCACUAAGACAGUACUCUGUUCCUCUCUCUCUCUGCAGGAUGAGCUGGACCUGUCAGGGAAACACAGGGAAGUCAUGUUCGCCCUGCCAGCUGAGAAGAAAUGGCAGAUGUACUGCAGCAAGAAGAAGGUACGUUUAAGGCCACUUGACUAGUAGUUAGUGUGCGUGUAACCUCAAUGUGUUUUGUUUCUGUCUGCACUGUGUUUGCGUGAGAGAGAGUAUGCCUGAGAGUGUGUGUGUGUGUGCAUCUCUCUCUCUCUCUGUGUACAUUAUCUACAGUAUCUAGAGGGAAUGUCUGCUGAGCUCUGCUAGUGUUUGGGAAAUAUUUUCAUUGCGAUUGAAACAAAUGAGCUGGUUUUGCAGCUGGACUGCGAGAGAGUGAGAGAAGAGGGAGAGAGAGGGAGGGGGAGGGCAUGGGAGAGAGAGAGAGGGGAGGGGAGAGGGAGGGAGGGGAGAGGGAGGGAGGGGGAGGGAGGGAGGGAGGGGAGAGGGAGGGAGGGAGGGAGGGAGAGUGAGUGAGAGAGAGUGGCAGGAAGAGCGAGAGGGAGAGAGAGGGAGAGGGGGAUGGAGAGAUGGAAUGAGAGAGCAGUGUGAUAGAGAGAGAGAGAGACGGUGAGAGAGAGGGUGUGUGAGUGGUCAGGCAGUGAGAGAGAGCAGAUCUAUCCUCUAAGUCUCUGUGAAAGAGCUCUUUUAUCAUUGCUGCCAGACAGAACAUGGGGCCAACACAGCCCCCCCGUCCCCCUCCACUCCCCACCUCCGUGCCCUAACCCCAAUUCAGCCUAGUCAACACAUCAAAGCCCUCCGCUGGUGUUGCAGCGCUCUAAUAGGAACUUAACCCCAUCGUUGGGGAGUUGUGCUGUUCCCCUUUAAUGGAUUGGAUACAUUUCCUGGAAGGACGUUCUCAUCUAUCAUGACCGACUGUAGAUCAUAAAUCUCACUAGUGAAUUCUAUGAAUAUAGAAGACUGGCUGACAUGCCGUAUUAAAGUACAUACUGAUGUCAUGCCUCUAACACACAGACCUAACCUAAACAACAACGUUUUAUCCAGUGAGGUAUUGCAUGGGAUUGACUUCAUAAAGGAUAGGGUUUGGCUGAAUGUGAGGUCCCCCCUGGUCUGUAACAGCUCUGUAAUUGGUGGGUUUCUGUUGUCUGGCAUGUCCUGCCCUGUAAGACCUCGUUAAGAGAGAGAGAGAGAGUACUGCUGUGCUGCCAUAGAAACGCCAGUGCAGCUGCUGUCUGUCGACCAGUAGGCAGCUGUCUUCUCCAUGUUGUGCUCUGAGUGGCAUGGCCAGUAGCCAAUAGCAGGUGUUGGUUUCUCCGAGCCAAGGUAGAGCUUAUUCACUUCCUGUCAUAUUACAUAACAUUAAUGUCCAGUGUACACGUCUUGUCUCAAUAACGUCACGGUUCUCACCUAGUCUGGGAUCCAAACUGCUCUGUUUCACUACUGCUGAUCGGUGAAGUGACUCAAUAGUGAAAUCAAGCAAUAUUCAGUUUGGAUUGUAGACUAGAUCUCACCGCCACUUUACCUGAAUCUACCAGCCCCAACUGCCAAGGGGGUGAAUGUGGGGUUCUUUUUAGCGUUCUCUGUGAUGUCUUAUUGACCUACUUAGAGAGCCCCAGCUUACCAGUCUUCCAGUAAGUACUGGGAGAUAUAGCAGCACAACUACUGACCUCAUUCCUGCUGACCCACUCCUCAUUCCUGCUGACCCACUCUUUGGCCUCCAUCUGUGAGUGUAUCCCUGGCUUGUAUCUAUGGUCCUGCACUGGACUUUCCGUGGUUCAUGAUGGAUGCUAAUCAAUGUGCGCCUUGCUACCACACAGCUGUGACCUUCAUGUUGUCCAACUUGACCCUCAUGCAUCAGGGAAUUGGUGAUUGGAGCAUACUGAUUGCUGAAAGGCCCUCUCUUACCCUUAAGGUAUAUUAUUUUUGAAUGAAGAUCUACUCAACCAUUUAAUAAAUUCAGCUGCCUGAAAUAUAGCCUGGUUCCAUCCUUAUAAUCUCAUUGCUCAUGUGAUGAGGAUGGAUGGGAAUCUGAGUUACUAACCCCUCAUCAGGGAGAGAUAGCUCCAGCUCCUUUGUUUUCACAGAGGAUGUGUCUGCUUUCUGGACCCCUUUAAUGGGAUAUUGUGUUGACCUUUACUAAGCCUGUGAGAAAAGCCACUGUGGAGAGAUAGAUCAGCUGGGUAGUUAAAUUAAGAAGCCCAGUCAAUCUGAUUACCUAACCACACCUGUGGGGGCUUCAAUUACAAGGGGACUGGACAAUAAUGGAACAAGGACACUGAAUUUAGCUGCCUUCAGCUGCCAGAAUUCAGCUGCUUGAAAUAUAGCCUGGUUCCGUCCUUAUAAUCUCAUUGCUCAUGUGAUAAGGAUGGAUGGGAAUCUGAGUUACUAACCCCUCAGCAGGGAGAAAAAAUGGCAUCUGGAAGAAUUUCUCUUUUGAAAUGAUUGUGGAAGAAUGUUUGAGAGAACAUGUGUAAUGAAGGCUGGUCUCGAUAUAUGUCUUGUCCUGGUCAUUGCAGUGAAUGUACGAUGGCAUUGUUUCAGAUCAUCAACCUUUAUAGAAAGCAAAUGCUACCAUCUGUUGAGAACCCAUAACUAAGGAGGGAGAAGGCAUGUACUGGACAUCACUCUAGACUGUUCAUGCUCAGCCAAAAACCUCAGACAAAAUGGACCACUUGAGCCUAAUUCCUCUCCAGUGAUACACAGGGGAUUUAUGAGAAUCUCUGAGCUGAGCUGAGCUGAGGCUACACAGAAACCUUAUACAGUAUAUGUGAGACAGAGAGCCAGGUGAGAGCCUGAGAGUACAUAUAUGGUGUGGUUGUGUUCUCAAAGGGAGACUGGGCUGGAAAUGACUGAGGGCAGUCCAGUUCACACGCUUCCAUUGUCACUGGUAGGAGUUCAGCAGCAAUUACACACCAGUGGGUUGGUUUAUAUGGGGGUUAUUAGGCCUUGGAGGAAUGCUCUGUUCUCAGGCUUUGUACUGUACUGUUCAAUACAGGGUUUGGAUGUCAGGAUGAUAUGAUGGUCAAGGAAAAUGUAGGAGUGAAUGUGGUGGUGGAGGAAGGUGUGUGUGUAGUUCUGUGUCUGCCUGAGUAUGUGUGUGUGUGAGUAUGUGUGUGUGUGAGUAUGUGUGUGAACGUGUGUGUGUGUUGUAUCUAACCCUUUGUCUGUCUGUUUUCAGGAGGGAGAAGAGAGCAAGGGUGCGACUAGCUGGCCAGAGUUCUACAUCGACCAGUUGAAUUCCAUGGCUGCUGUAAGUGUCCUUCUCCCCUCAUCAAAUACCCAAUCUGUAAUGCACAACAACCAGCCAACCAUGAAGACAUGCUGUAGACAUGUGAUUUGGGUGUUCCACUAGCCGCUACGGGCAUCUCUCUAAAAGCUUAUGGUCUGAUGCUAAAUCUUUGGGAAAUUUGAGUAAAUUAGGGGGGGUAAUAUCAAUUAGUUUUAUAGGAGGAGGGGAUCUGUGUGUGUGUCUUUUUAUAACGCUAGAUAUGUCUUGCAUCUGUAAACAACUAUGAAAACCCUCACAGUAUUAUAUUAGUCAAAGAUACCUUUAUUUAGUAUGACCUUUAUUUAACCUGGUAAGGUAUUGAAAAUGAUGAUGACCUGAGAAGGCUUGUCCACCUGAACAUGCACUAUUUGACAAGCUGAUGAAGUUAACCUGUGUUACCUCAAAGGAUUCUCACACCCUGGAGGUGUGGUAUUAAAUCUCCACACACUUCCUCUGGAGCUGAGGCAGUAGUCCUGGGAGGGGGAACCCUGUGGGCUAUUUUAUAAUCAUUUUCCCAGGGCACUAGAGUAGCACUAGGGCUGGCAGGUGAGAGCUUCUGGUUGGAUCCCUAACCUCUAACUGUUAAUACAGUGUGUAGCCUGCGCCAGACCCUGUAGAGGAAAUGAACUCCAGUCAUGUAUCCGUGAAGGAACUAGCAGUGGGCUGCUGGGAUAAUGGGAUAAGAGCUGCCUGCUGUUGGUCUACAGCCAGGGAUACUAGUUUACUGAGCAGGUUCCUUCCUAGCACCGUGAAUCAUAGGUCAGGGGGUCAAAGUUCAUCUGGCCUGGGAACAAAGAGAGAACCGUAAUGGUCCUAGAACAGAGCCUUGCGGGACAUAAUUUGAGUUUGAUAAGUGAGUACAUUGUCAUUGAGUCUUCUCGUCUAACAAGUUUUCUCAAUGUUUUCAUCAACAGAGGAAGACUCUUAUUGCUCUGGAAAUGGAGGAUGAGGAAGAGAGGAACAAGACCAUAGAGAGCUUGAAGACCGCUCUAAGGACUCAACCCAUGAGGUAUACCAGUGACACUGAUACACUCAUGCUCCUUUUCAUGCAUACUUGUUCUCAUAUGCAUGCAUUCAGUUAUGAUGUGCGCUAUGUACAGUAUGUGUUUGUGAAACCGAAGGCCGAAAACUGAAGAAUUGCAGUGCGACGUUACUUCACUGGAUAGCCUUGCUUGUGAGAAGGACCCAUUGUAAUAAUAUCCAUUUAGAUAACAUGAUAUAGAGUUUCCUUUUAUUUUCUGAGUCAUUAAUUCUGAUAAACUCAUAUUCUAUUUUCUAUAAGUCAUAAUAGAGGAUGACAAAUCAAAUCAAAUGUUAUUUGUCACAUGCUUCGUAAACAACAGGUGUAGACUAACAGUGAAAUGCUUACUUACAGGCACUUCCCAACAGUGCAGAGAAUGCCUUAGUGAGUCUGCUAUUUGCACAAAGGAGGUUGGGUUAAUUCACUGUGCUUAGAGUCUCCCAGAGUCCAUUCAUCGUCAUUAGAGUGAUCUAAUAUGAUUCAUCAAUAGGCUAGACUUCGUGUUGAGAGCCAUUCAACAGCCCCAGCUCAUUCAUUAUGCUGCCACUUCCCUCUCCAGUCCAAACACCACUGCACUAAUAUGAUAUUACAGCCCUGUAGCCCACACAUAAUAGACUAGCCAGACACACACACACACACACACACACACACACACACACACACACACACACACACACACACACACACACACACACACACACACACACACACACACACACACACACACACACACAUGGCAUAAUACGUCUUCUCCUUAAGGUCCUCCAGAGGUUAGGUCAACACUGCCCUUCUCACCUCUGACCUCUAACCCCUCCCAAGUGUUAUGGUAGUCUGUAACCAAUGUGCUUUCUCUGUUUUCCUCCAGCCUGUGUUAUUGUGCUAAAUGGUGCUUGACUGCUGGCUAAAGAUGUUUAUUUUUCCACUGUUCAAUUCCACUAGCUUAUAUUGAACAUGCAUACGAACAGACGCACGCACACUCCCAUACACCUGUCACUAAUGUUUAUAGCUUCCAUCUCUCCAUUUUCUAAUGAAACCCAGUCAACUACGAAAUUAGUUUCUCUCGUCAAAGUAAAAGAGGGGUGUAGUAGUCACUGAUUGUGUAUUGUUCAGGAACAGAAUGGUAUUUAUAGUAAAUGUUAUCUGUUUCUGGGUCCAUCCAAAAUUGCAUCCUAUUCUCUACGUAGUGCACUACAUUUGACCAGGGCCCAUAGGGCUCUGGUCAUAAAUCGUGUACUACAUAGGGAAUAGGGUGCCAUUUCGAUGCUGCUUCUGUCUCUGACCUUUAACCUCAAUCCUCCUCUUCCUCUAAAGGUUUGUGACGCGGUUCAUCGACCUGGACGGCCUAACCUGCAUCCUGAACUUCCUGAAGAGCAUGGACUACGAGACCACCGAAUCCCAGAUCCACACGUCGCUGAUCGGCUGCAUCAAGGCUCUGAUGAACAACUCCCAGGGCCGCUCCCAUGUGCUCUCUCACACAGAGAGCAUCAACAUCAUUGCCCAGAGCCUGGCCACUGAGAACGUCAAGACCAAGGUGGCGGUGCUGGAGAUCAUGGGCGCUGUUUGUCUGGUGCCAGGAGGCCACAGGAAGAUCCUGGAGGCCAUGCUGCACUACCAGAAGUUUGCAUGCGAAAGGACUCGCUUCCAGGUGGAGGGACAGACACCUAUACCUCAUAGACAUCACUGUAGCCAAGCGUUCACUAGGGAUUUUCACACUGUAAUGUGUUACCCCAAGGCUUUCCUUAACCCUGUGUUAAGACUGUCCCAGAGUUAUGUUGCAUGGUCUCAUUCACUCAACAAAUUGAACUUUCAGGCGUCACUCUAAAUAGUGUUGUGUUUGCGACCACAGCAAUGUUUUUCUUAUGUCCAUACACCUAGAAUAACAAUGUCUGUACUGAUGCUUAGUCCUUCUUUCUCUCCUAUGCUCCUGUCUUAGACUCUGCUGAAUGACCUGGACAAGAGUACGGGGCGCUACAGGGACGAGGUCAAUCUGAAAACAGCCAUCAUGUCCUUCAUCAAUGCAGUGCUCAGUCAGGGAGCAGGGGAGGUGAGGGCUCCUCUUCCUCUCUAAGUCUUUACCCUCUUAUGGUCGUGUUGGUUGUCUUCAGAGAGUCUUAACUGCUAUGUGUACUGUACUCCGCAGUCAAGCUUUGAGUUCAGAAUUCACCUGAGGUACGAGUUCCUUAUGUUGGGCAUCCAGCCGGUCAUCGAUAAACUGAGGUCCCACGACAACUCAACGUUAGACAGGUGAGUGAAGUCAAGACUGGUAUAGUACAUUUCAGAUCUAGACCACACUGUCAUACCCAACUGCAGUAGAUUGUGUCUGACCAUGAGGUGUUUGUUGUCUUCCAGGCAUUUGGACUUCUUUGAGAUGCUGAGAAACGAGGAUGAACUGUCUUUGGCAAAACGCUUUGACACCGUGAGUAACGAUUGACCUAUACAGUACAUGUAGUUUACAAUGGUCAUUUCUCUGUCCACUAAUAUCACAUUGUUGUUGUUGUUGCAGGUGCACAUUGACACAAAAAGUGCCACACAAGUGUUUGAACUCAUAAAGAAGAAGAUGAGCCACACAGAUGCACACCCACACUUUAUAUCUGUCUUACAACACUGUCUCCUUAUGCCUUGUAAGUGCUGCUUGCCGUCCGCCAUUUCUCUAAAGUUGUUUGAGUUCACCAAGACUCUUCAGACCUCUCCUCAUUUUAUAUCUUUGAGAACUGGACAGUUUUUUUUCUCAGAGGGAUCCAAAGUGGUUAUAAAUCAGUGUUUUUAAUGCCUUUUUAGGACGGAUGUUAAAAUUACGUCCUCUCUAGGGAGUUCUAAAUAUCUGGAAAUUAUUGUUGGAAUUCUGCCUAUGUGAGGUAUUUCUCUCUAGAAGGUAUUCUAUCUGUCGAUAAGAACUUUCUACAUUAUAGCGGUAAUGUUGUUCCUCCACAUUGCUUUAGCUAUGGUUAUGUUGUCCUGAGGGAGCUGACUUCAGCCUGAUCUCUCCACUUAGACUAUCUCCUUAAUGUGUUGCUAUGUGUAUGGUACUGUUUCCCGGACAUGGAUUUAGCCUAGUACUGGACUAAGAAGCACUCUCAAUGGACAAUCUCCAUUGAACAUGCGUUUUACUCCAGGACUAUACUUAGUUUGUGUUCAGUAAACAGGCCCUAGGUCUUCAUUGUUGCGUAUGCAUUGGCUGGUGCAAUCAAAUGUUCCAUUUGUGUAUUAAUAAAGUGAUCUCUUCUUUUCUCACAGACAAGCGUAGUGGGAACACGGUGCAGUACUGGCUCCUCCUGGACCGUAUCGUCCAGCAGAUCGUCCUGCAGAACGACAAAGGUCAUGACCCUGACGUCACCCCUCUGGAGAACUUCAACGUGAAGAACGUGGUGCGAAUGUGAGUGAGAGGAGAGGAACAAGAGGGGGAUAAAUGUUUUGACAUGUUUGAGUCGGUUUGACGUCCUCCCCACCUCGCACGGCAGAGCACCGACUGUCUUCAUCGUAAAUCUCCAUGUGUUAUUUAACAUGCUUCGUUCUAGAAAUGGCUUUAAACCCAAAUAUGGUGAUCAUGACUAAAAUCUGUACUGUAUAUUCACUCAUGAGUUCAUCUUAUCCUCGGCUUAAUACAGUGGCCAUAAUCAUAAUCACUCUUGAUCAAGGUACUGUACAUCACAAAUACUAAAUGUAAAUCAUAGCAUUUCUAUAUAUCUGUAUUUCCCAUGAUCUCCUUCAUUUUACAAUCCUUUUCAAUACUAUCUGCUGGUCUAGCAUGAAUACCCUGAUCCCUUAAUACUCGCCACAAAUCAGCAAGUCAUUUUGUGGAUUUUACCGGGAUUUUCAUAAUUUGUUUUUGGAAAUAUAAUCCCAAACUCUUAAUCCAUAGUGAAAGCACUUUGAUCUGGUUUUUGGAUGAAGAAGUCAGUGAGAUGUACAUUUCCAAACACACAUAGACAGAAACGUCAGUCAACCCCCUGCAGCUGCCUCUUGCAAAUCUCAAUCAGACUCUGGGUAUAAAGUCUGACUGUCUCUGGUUAGGUUUAGAAGAAGCUUACAGGUUCCCUGUUGUUAACUCUGAUCACCAAUGACUUGUCUAAUUAAUCUGUUUUUAUAACUAAGCCUAUGCCUAACCUCAGUGGGAUGUAAUGCCUAGUGGGAUUGUGCAGUGGUGUUGUGAUGUCUUAAUACCUCAGAUACCUAGCCUAACCUCCUCUGUUCUUCUGCUCAGGCUGGUUAACGAGAAUGAAGUCAAACAGUGGAAAGAACAGGCUGAGAAAAUGAGAAAAGGUACACACACUAAUGGUCUCUGGUUUCUAUUAGCAAUGGAACUGUCGAAAGGCAGACCCUCCUGUACUGUGUAUCAUCAUACUGCUGACUGCUCUGGUCUGGUCUGGUUUGGUUUGAUCUGGUGUGCUCUGAUCUGGUCUGGUCUGGUAUGAUCUGAUCUGGUCUGAACUGGUCUGAUUUCUCAGACCACCAUGAGCUGCAGCAGAAGUUUGACAAGAAGGAACGUGAAUGUGACGCCAAGACCCAGGAGAAGGAGGACAUGAUGCAGACGCUGAAUAAGAUGAAGGAGAAGCUGGAGAAAGAGUCCAGUGAGCACAAGCAGGUCAAGCAGCAAGUGGCCGACCUCUCCGCCCAGCUGCAUGACCUCAGCACUGUACGUUUGUUUGUUUAGAUCUCUGUUCUAGUUCACGAUAGGGCUAAUCUUCCAAGACUCCAUAGAAAAACAUAGAAAAUACAAUUGCAUUAGAAAAUGCAUUGUAAUUUCAUGUUACACAAUCACAUCUUUACAUCCUCCUCCUCCCUUUAGCUUUUCCAAUCAGGAAUAAAUGCACAAUGUUUUGGUUAUGGCACAGUUGAAUAUCAAACAUGGCCUCUGUCCUCGUAGUCUGUUCCCAGAUCUGUUUAUGCUGUCUUGCGAACUCCUAUGGUCAUUGUCAUGCUAAACAACAACCAUAGGAGUUGGCUAUACAGCGCGACAGAUUUGGGACCAGGCUAAUGUCUUCUUUCGGAUUUAUUUGACAAUUUAAAAACUCAAAUACAACCACAAAUGUGGAUACAAUGCAACAAAAACCUUUGAGGAUAAAAAGGAAACGUUAAAAACAUAUUUGUAUUGUGGUUCUGUUCAAACAUCAAACAAACACAUUCACAGCUAAAAGCUGAAUUGAAGUAAACAACACAUGGCCUAAAUAAUUCAACUGUGCAAAGACCAAAACAAUAACACAUUUUCAAUAGUCCUCCAGAUGACAGCGGUUGCUGUCCUUGGUAAAUAGCUUGCAAAACUAGCUAGCCAGCGUCCUUCACUGUCCAAACCGCAUGGUUUUCCCCUUAGCUCAGUUUAGGAGCGGAUACACAGGAUGUUUGAUUAGAGCACAGUUAGACAUGAACAUCCACACAACAACAUUGCCUUGUGAUGUUCUUCCAAGUCAAUAUAUGUUGAUUAGAACUGCUCUAGCUAGUACAGAGUGUUUCUAGGAUUUCCAUUAUGGAACAUAGAUAAUGUUGUAGUACGUCCAGUACUAAUCGAAUGUACAUCCCAAUGUCUCCCAUCGUUUUCAGAGACCAAAUCCAAGUGUUCCUGGUGGUCCUCCAUUCAUACCUGGGGCCCCUGGAGGUCCCAUACCCCCACCUCCCAUGCAGGCUGGCAUGCCCCCAGCCCCUCUACCACUCACUCAGGGCAUGCCUCCACCACCACCGCCACCCCCUCCACCCGGUGGACCCCCACCGCCUCCGGGCAUGGCUCCCUUCGGUCUCCCUCCUCCCCCUGGAGCUCCAAUGGGACCUGGGCUUAAGAAGAAGAACAUCCCCCAGCCCUCCAACCCACUCAAGUCAUUCAACUGGGCCAAGCUGGCUGAGGUCAGUGAGUGCUGCUUAGUCAGGUACCAGCCCUUAAUUUUGACCAGCCCUAUGGACCCUGAUCAAAAUUAAUGCACUUAGUAGGGAAUAGGGUGCCAUUUGGGACAUGUUUUGUGCAUCUCUGUCCAUAACAGAGGGAGUGAUUGUUGUGCUGCUGAGGCAGACAGAAAAUAGUUUUUUUUGUAGUUACACCUCAGUGGCCAGGGGUAAUGAAGGAUAAGGAAGGCCCAAUGCUUUAUCUCUUGCAUUGUUUGCACAAUGGCAUGAAAUCAAUAUAGCAAACAAGCCCUGGGUGUGUUUUUAUGUUGUUGUAGUAACCUUUAGAGUUCCAGGGGUGUAUGUAUGGCCUGUGUUGUAAUUGACUCAGCUAUUACAGUCUUAGUUAUGGAUGGGGGCUGUUUUGAUUUGUUGCAGAAUAAGCUGGAGGGCACUGUGUGGACGGACGUCGAUGACAUCAAGGUUUUCAAAAUCCUGGACCUUGAGGACAUCGAGAAGACCUUCUCUGCAUACCAGAGACAGCAGGUACAGUCUAACACCUAAAUACCAAAGUAUUACUGUAGGGAAAUGGCAUUUCAGUAUAUAGCAAUUCACCCUUAAGGACAAGAUACAAGACCCCAAAUCAAUUUGCAUGUAACUACUCGGAGCGUUUCCAUGGCCACCGACCAUGCUGUUCCAGCAAAUACUGCUUGCUAGUGAUAAACACAUGCAUGCCAUUGCACUCCGUAACUGAAUCCUUCCAGCAGCACUUCUCAACACAUUGUCUGGAACUGGCUCAGAAGGAUAUCAGGCCAUUACAGUGCUUUUUUUAAUAGCCUGGUCUCAGAUCAGUUUGUGCUGUCUUGCCAACACCUAGGAUGACAAUGACCAUAAGGAUUGGCAAGACAGCACAAACAGAUCUGGGACCAGGCUAUCUUUUUUAGGUCUGUUCAAAUUAGUCAUCUACAGUGAGGGAAAAAAGUAUUUGAUUCCCUGCUGAUUUUGUACAUUUGCCCACUGACAAAGACAUGAUCAGUCUAUAAUUUUAAUGGUAGGUUUAUUUGAACAGUGAGAGACAGAAUAACAACAAAAAAAUCCAGAAAAACACAUGUCAAAAAUGUUAUAAAUUGAUUUGCAUUUUAAUGAGGGAAAUAAGUAUUUGACCCCUCUGCAAAACAUGACUUAGUACUUGGUGGAAAAACCCUUGUUGGCAAUCACAGAGGUCAGACGUUUCUUGUAGUUGGCAACCAGGUUUGCACACAUCUCAGGAGGGAUUUUGUCCCACUCCUCUUUGCAGAUCUUCUCCAAGUCAUUAAGGUUUCGAGGCUCCCUCCACAGAUUUUCUAUGGGAUUAAGGUCUGGAGACUGGCUAGGCCACUCCAGGACCUUAAUGUGCUUCUUCUUGAGCCACUCCUUUAUUGCCUUGGCUGUGUGUUUUGGGUCAUUGUCAUGCUGGAAUACCCAUCCACGACCCAUUUUCAAUGCCCUGGCUGAGGGAAGGAGGUUCUCACCCAAGAUUCGACGGUACGUGGCCCGUCCAUCGUCCCUUUGAUGCGGUGAAGUUGUCCUGUCCCCUUAGCAGAAACACCCCCAAAGCAUAAUGUUUCCACCUCCAUGUUUGACGGUGGGGAUGGUGUUCUUGGGGUCAUAGGCAGCAUUCCUCCUCCUCCAAACACGGCGAGUUGAGUUGAUGGCAAAGAGCUCAAUUUUGGUCUCAUCUGACCACAACACUUUCACCCAGUUCUCCUCUGAAUCAUUCAGAUGUUCAUUGGCAAACUUCAGACGGGCCUGUAUAUGUGCUUUCUUGAGCAGGGGGACCUUGUGGGCGCUGCAGGAUUUCAGUCCUUCACGGCGUAGUGUGUUACCAAUUGUUUUCUUGGUGACUAUGGUCCCAGCUGCCUUGAGAUCAUUGACAAGAUCCUCCCGUGUAGUUCUGGGCUGAUUCCUCACCGUUCUCAUGAUCAUUGCAACUCCACGAGGUGAGAUCUUGCAUGGAGCCCCAGGCCGAGGGAGAUUGACAGUUAUUUUGUGUUUCUUCCAUUUGCAAAUAAUCGCACCAACUGUUGUCACCUUCUCACCAAGCUGCUUGUCGAUGGUCUUGUAGCCCAUUCCAGCCUUGUGUAGGUCUACAAUCUUGUCCCUGACAACCUUGGAGAGCUCUUUGGUCUUGGCCAUGGUGGAGAGUUUGGAAUCUGAUUGAUUGAUUGCUUCUGUGGACAGGUGUCUUUUAUACAGGUAACAAGCUGAGAUUAGGAGCACUCCCUUUAAGAGUGUGCUUCUAAUCUCAGCUCAUUACCUGUAUAAAAGACACCUGGGAGCCAGAAAUCUUUCUGAUGGAGAGGGGGUCAAAUACUUAUUUCCCUCAUUAAAAUGCAUAUCAAUGUAUAACAUUUUUGACAUGCGUUUUUCAGGAUUUUGUUGUUGUUAUUCUGUCUCUCACUGUUCAAAUAAACCUACCAUUAAAAUUAUAGACUGAUCAUGUCUUUGUCAGUGGGCAAACGUACAAAAUCAGCAGGGGAUCAAAUAAUUUUUUCCCUCACUGUACCUUGUGAGUGUUAUGGGGAACCAGACAUAACAGGAAUGUUUGCAACAGGAAGUAGCCAUACUGAUAACAUGGUCCUUGGAUAGUUUACUAGUGCUGCAUGCGAAGUGAGGCAUAUUUCACUAAGCCUCUAUAUGUCCACAUUGUCUACUGUAGUUCAAUUGAAAUCCUCCAGAUAGCUUUUCCCAUAACCAACCUAAUAAGACUGUGAUUGUAAAGGUUAUACUAGGGCCCUAUUCCCAUUACUAACUGCCCUUAAGGGUACAAAUAAAGUUGCAUGGAAUUCCUUUAGUCUUAUAAGGACUUUAUGAGUUUUAAGCCAUGCUGUCUAUGAUGUGUCUGAACACAGUUAUUUGCAUCUCUGACUCACUCUGCUACUCAGGAUUCUGCUUGUCCUCACAAACAAAUGCAUCACUGAUCUGCUGAGCUGGCCCUUUUUUUGCUGUAAUUCACCAUACAUAGCCUACUGCAUCUUGUAAUUAAUAAUAAUGAAUGCUGCAUCUUCCUUGCUUUCUGCCCAUUCGCCUGUUUAGGACUUCUUAACAUUGAACAAUAAGGUGAGUGACCUCUGUCCUCUCUAUGUGACCUUUACCCUGCUCUGCCUUUGCGACGUGUCUGUCUUCAUGCUCGUUACCGUCCUUCAUCGUACGCUUCUCUCUCUCUCUCUCUCACUCGACUCUGUCCUGUUUAUGUCUGCAUGGGGAUUGGUGGGCAUGUGUGUAUUUCUCUGUGUGUGUGUAUUUCUGUGUGUGUGUGUGUGUAUUUCUGUGUGUGUGUGUGUGUGUGUGUGUCUGUGUCGAUAGGUGAAAUGUCUUCCUGCAGCCUCAGUGUUUCUGUGCAUUCAUUCUUUCAGUCAAUAGCUAGAUGAUGUCUUUUUAGAAUAUACUUCUAAACACACUACCACGUUGUUUGAAUGAACUAUUUCAGUUUUAUUGGUUACCAUUUCAAGAUGUUUCUGUGCAUAAUUAGCCAAAUUGGUUUUGUGGCACGCAGUCAAUUCUGCAAGCAGCUGGAGUCUUGCAACUAUAAAAAGUGCCAGAUAUCCUUUUUCCAAAAACAAAUCUCUCCUGUAUUCUUUGAGUGAAGCCCCCCAAAUAAACACAUGCACUUAUUCACCAAACACACCAUUUCCCACAGUCUGUUUCCCUGCUGCCCUCCAUUUGGCAGUUUCAAAUACUGACCCAGUCAGAGUAACAAUUUGCUGUUUUAUGUUCAUACUGUGGUCUCCUGUGCAUCUUGGGCUUUUGUUAAGGUUUAUGGUGCAUGCAUAUGGGUAUUGUGUCUAGUCUUUUUGUGUUUAUGUGUGUGUGUGUGUCACUAUCUGGUGUCUAUUUGCCUGUUGUUGACCGGUUACUAUGCACCAUCGUUUUUAUGGAGAUAAUAUGAGACAGCAGGUGGGGAAAUGGAAGAAGCCUUAAUAAAAACACUUGUUCCCAUUGCCGUUGUUCAACAGCUAAAAAGUAUGCAGAUGUGAGUCAGCCACAGCCCUCCACCAAACAGCCUUGGGGCACUGUUAUUCAUGGUCCGUAUUCAUUAGGAACUAAAUGAAAACUGACUGAAACAGGGAGGGAUUACAUGGACUUAUAUCAUAAGAAACGCUCAUUUUUGUUUUCCGUUGCAAAAUGUUUUGCUGAGUGUGCCCUAAUGAAUACAACCCUGGUGUACUGGGUGUGGCUCUUUCUCCCAGAGAAAGUAAUUUUAAGGUCAUGUAGUCACAAGAUUUUACUGCGUUCAGCAAAUACUCCAUACAAAAGUGCUUAAGUGUGAUGAAUGAUAUACAAUUGUGUGUUUAUUAAACAGUAACGCAGUCAAACUCUAGCUCUGUUAGUGUGUCAUUUAAGGUCAUAUACAGUAGUACAACAAGACGUUGUUGUGUUCUGCAUGCUAGCCUUCAUCCAAAAGUGCCUAAGUAUGAUAAAUGAUAUAAUAUUGUGUGUUUAUAUGAAUGCAACGUAAAGUUCAGCUGUUGGAUGUAAUCCACUGAGGAUUACUGUUCAUGUUCCAACUCUUCCCUCCCUCCCAAAUGUUCUCCGUCCAGAAAGAGUCUGAAGAUGACACAGUGACCUCCAAGAAGGUCAAGGAGCUGUCAGUCAUCGACGGUCGCAGAGCCCAGAACUGUAACAUCCUCCUCUCUCGGUUAGUAAUUUACAGUUUUUACCCCAUGACAACAUGGCAGAAGUAUGUCCUACUUAUAGUAGUGGAGAUCACUUAUUGUGAUUGUAUCCAUCUGAUGGGUGCUUGAAAUGGCUCUCUCAUCACACGCAUGUAUGCACAUGCACGUACACACACACACACACACACACACACCUCUGUUACUGUACACAGCCAAGUUACAUUAAAUGCAGAUUUACUCUACCAUUUGAGCAAUUAUGUAUUUACAUCAAUUUCAACUCGAGUUGAGAGAAAAUGUUUCAUAUUUGACGAUGUGUUUAAGCAUCAAGUGCAGCCAAGAAUGAUAUAUGUAUUUUUGUAAUGGAAUGAUGUUGGUCAGGAACUAUUUUCUGUUUCAUUACUGUCCUCCCUGGUCUCCAUGGCAGCAACCACAAACAAAGAGGGCUGUGUCUUUUCUACAAAGUUAAUUUCAUGUAGCUAUCAUUCUCAAUUUAACAACUGUGAAUGAAACUUAGAAGUUUAAGGGAUUCAGCUAUUUUUAUUGCUUCCUGUUUCAUUCAAUUUUUAUGGUUACAAAUGGUGGUUCAUUCCUUUUGCCAACUUGCAGACCUGAAAAUAUGCAAAGUGAGAUAAGUUAUGCAUUAACAUGCCUUUUUACUCUUAGCCAACACUUUGAAUAAGGCAUAUAUGUAUUUAAUAAUAUUGUCAUAACUGAACCUUAAUUGCUCUGUCAUUAGUGUGUGUCUAAAUCAGGCAUGCUGAAUGUGAGACAUCCAAAGUCCUGCCAGAAAGCACCGUGGUCUGCGGUGGUAGGCUAGUGCUUCAGGCCUAGCUCCUUUACAGCCUUGUGUGUGUGUGUCUGUUCGUGUGUGGAGAGCUACCCUGUGUUUCUGCCCAAGUCUUUUAGAACUAACUGUGUGUUCAUUGGUUUCCUGGCACAUGAUGAUUGUGUUGGUGUGCCAGUGGAGUCUCAGUGUUCAGGCUCAGGCUGUCUGCCACCUGCUCUCUCAGGCUGGCUGGGGGCUAGUAGCUUAAAACAUUGACUCUUUGUUUCUGCAACUGCUAAGUGUUCGGGACAGGUUAUUUAGCUCGUGACUUUACUCUCUUUAUGACUGACACUUACAGUGAUUUUCAAAAUGGAUACUACAACUCUAAAUUGACUUACUGAUUAUUGUGUGAGGCGACACAUAUAGAACAGUACAUAACAUGGAUGUUAAAACAAACUGUAAACACAUCAAUAACAAGACAUUAACUGGUAAAACUGGUGUCCUCUCCUAUUGACCAUUUUAGAUGUGAUGUACAGUAGUCCUCUGUGGUAAUGAUGAUGCUGUUGUGUUGCAGGCUGAAGCUGACCAAUGAGGAGAUCAAGAGGGCCAUACUGACUAUGGACGAACACGAGGAUCUGCCCAAGGACAUGCUGGAGCAGGUGGGCCCUCCUCUCUCUCUCUCUCUCUGAUACAGCAUGUAGCCCUCCUCUCUCUCUCUCUGAUACAGCAUGUAGCACUCCUCUCUCUCUCUCUGAUACAGCAUGUUGCACUCCUCUCUCUCUCUCUCUGAUACAGCAUGUUGCCCUCCUCUCUCUCUCUCUCUCUUUGAUAUAGCAUGUAGCCCUCCUCUCUCUCUCUCUCUCUCUCUCUCUCUCUGAUACAGCAUGUAGCCCUCCUCUCUCUCUCUCUGAUACAGCAUGUUGCCCUCCUCUCUCUCUCUCUGAUACAGCAUGUAGCACUCCUCUCUCUCUCUCUGAUACAGCAUGUAGCCCUCCUCUCUCUCUCUCUGAUACAGCAUGUAGCCCUCCUCUCUCUCUCUCUGAUACAGCAUGUUGCCCUCCUCUCUCUCUCUCUGAUACAGCAUGUAGCACUCCUCUCUCUCUCUCUGAUACGCAUGUAGCACUCCUCUCUCUCUCUGAUACAGCAUGUACCCUCCUCUCUCUCUCUCUGAUACAGCAUGUAGCACUCCUCUCGCUCUCUGAUACAGCAUGUAGCACACUCCCUCCUCUCUCUCUGAUACAGCAUGUUGGCCCUCCUCUCUCCUCUCUCUCUACAAUCGCCUCUCUCUCAUCUUCUCUCCUCUCCAUCUCUCUCUCUCAUCUCUCUCUCCUCUCUCUCUCCUCCUCUCUCUCCUCUCCUCUUCUCUCUCUCUCUCCUCUACCCGCUCUCUCUCUCUCUCAAGUUCAAUUUUGCACAAUUUAAGGGCUUUAUUGGCAGGGAAACGUGUUGUUAACAUUGGCCAAAGCAAGUGAAGUAGAUAGUAAACAAAAGUGAAAUAAACAAUAAAUAUUAACAGUAAACAUUACACUCAGAAGUUUCAAAAGAAUAAAGACAUUUCAAAUGUCAUAUUAUGUAUAUAUACAGUGUUGUAACAAUGUGCAAAUAGUUAAAGUACAAAUGGGAAAAUAAAUAAACAUAAAUAUGGGUUUGUAUUUACAAUGGUGUUUGUUCUUCACUGGUUGCCCUUUUCUUGUGGCAACAGGUCACAAAUCUUGCAGCUGUGAUGGCACACUGUGGUUUUUCACCCAGUAGAUAAGGGAGUUUAUCAAAAUUGGAUUUGUUUUCGAAUUCUUUGUAGAUCGCUGUAAUCUGAGGGAAAUAUGUGUCUCUAAUAUGGUCAUACAUUUGGCAGGAGGUUAGGAAGUGCAGCUCAGUUUCCACCUCAUUUUGUGGGCAGUGUGCACAUAGCCUGUCUUCUCUUGAGAGCCAGGUCUGCCUACGGCGGCCUUUCUCAAUAGCAAGGCUAUGCUCACUGAGUCUGUACAUAGUCAAAGCUUUCCUUAAGUUUGGGUCAGUCACAGUGGUCAGGUAUUCUGCCACUGUGUACUCUCUGUUUAGGGCCAAAUAGCAUUCUAGUUUGCUCUGUUUUUUUGUUUGUUCUUUCCAAUGUGUCAAGUAAUUCUCUUUUUGUUUUCUCGUGAUUUGGUUGGGUCUAGUUGUGUUGUUGUUGUUGUUGUCCUGGGGCUGUGUGGGGUCUGUUUGUGUUUGUGAACAGAGCCCCAGGACAAGCUUACUUAGGGGACUCUUCUCCAAGUUCAUCUCUCUGUAGGUGAUGGCUUUGUUAUGGAAGGUUUGGGAAUCGCUUCCUUUUAAGUGGUUAUAGAAUUUAACGGCUCUUUUCUGGAUUUUGAUAAUUAGCGGGUAUUGGCCUAAUUCUGCUCUGCAUGCAUUAUUUUGUGUUUUACGUUGUACACGGAGGAUGUUUUUGCAGAAUUCUGCAUGCAGAGUCUCAAUUUGGUGUUUGUCCCAUUUUGUGAAUUCUUGGUUGGUGAGCGGACCCCAGACCUCAGAACCAUAAAGGGCAAUGGGUUCUAUAACUGAUUCAAGUAUUUUUAGCCAGAUCCUAAUUGGUAUGGCAAAUUUUAUGUUCCUUUUGAUGGCAUAGAAGGCCCUUCUUGCCUUGUCUCUCAGAUCGUUCACAGCUUUGUGGAAGUUACCUGUGGCGCUGAUGUUUAGGCCGAGGUAUGUAUAGUUUUUUGGUGUGCUCUAGGGCAACGGUGUCUAGAUGGAAUUUGUAUUUGUGGUCCUGGCAACUGGACCUUUUUUGGAAACACCAUUAUUUUUGUCUUACUGAGAUUUACUGUCAGGGCCCAGGUCUGACAGAAUCUGUGUCAAAAGAUCUAGGUGCUGCUGUAGCCCUCCUUGGUUGGUGACAGAAGCAACUCUCUCUCUCUCCGUCUCUCUCUCUCUCUCUGAUAAAGCAUCUUUCUUAUUCCCCCUCUUCAUCUCUCUCUUUAUUUUCUAUUACAGAAAAUGUAGCCUUUUCUCCUUCUUCUCUUCUUGAUACACAUGUAAACCCUAUCUUCUCUUGAUACAGGGAUGUUGCUCUCUCUCUCUCUCCUAUCUUUUCCCCUCUCAUUUAAACAUAUAGCCCUUCCCUCCUCUCUUUUUUCUUGAUACAGAUUUUUGACCUAUCUUUUUCUGAUAAAUCAUGUUGCCCCUCUUCUCUCUCUUCCUCUCCUCUCUCUCUUCUCUUUUCUCUCUCUAUUUUCGCAUGUAGCUUCCCCUCUCUGAUACAGGAAUUUUUAAGCUCUGCUCUCUCCUUUUCUGAACAGCAUUAGUUUCUUUUUUCUUCCUCCUCUCUCUCUCUCUCUGAUAUAGCAUGUGCCCCCCCCUUUUUCUGAUUUAAAAAAUGUUUUCUCUCUUCUCCUCUCCUCUUCCUCUCUCUCUCUCUGAUACAGCAUAAGCUCUCUUCUCUUUUGAACAACAUUUUUAAGGGUUUUUUCUCUUCCUCUUUCUCUCUCGCUCUUCUCUGUAAAAAGGCCCCUUUUAGCCCCAUCCUUUUCUCUCUCUCUCUCUCUCUCUCUCUCUCCUUCUCUCUCCCCCUCUAUCUUGAUACAGCAUGUUUGUUUUCCUCUCUCGCUUUUUCUCUGAUUUAGCAUGUUUGCCCUCCCCUCUUCUCUCUGAUACGGGAUGUAGCUUUUCUUCUUCCCCUUAUCUUCUCUCUUUUUCUCUCUUUAUUUCAGGGAUAUAGCCCCUUUACUCUCUUUUUCUUUUUCCCGAUAAGCAAAGUAGCCCCCCUUUCUCUUGAUACAGCAGUAGCUCUCUCUCGAAACUCCUCGCGCUUUUCUCGCUCUCUCGCUUCUCUCUUCUUUUUGCAUGUACUCCUCCCUUUCUUUCUUUCCUUUGCUUUCCUCUUUUUGAUAUAGAAAGUUGCCCUCCCUUCUCUCCCCUGAUAAGCAUGUAGUCUCUCUCUCCCCCUCUCUUCUCUCUCUCUCCCCCCCCUUUUCCUCUUUUCUCUCUCUCUCCUCUCUCUCUUUCUUUCAGCCAUAGCCCUUAACUCUCCCUUUUCCUGGGAAAAGCAUGUAGCCCUCCCUUCUCUCUAUACAGCAUGGUUUCUUCUCUUCUCUCUCUCUCUCUCUCUCUCUUGAUUUCAGCCGAUUUUGCUCCUCCCCUUUAUACCGCCGUAGCCUUUUCUCUCUCUCUCCUCUCUUGAUAAAUCAAUUUGGGUUCUCCCCUCUUCUCUGAUAUAGAAAGUAGCCCUCCUCUCUCUCUGAACAGGAUGUUUCUCUCUCUCUCUUUCUCUCCUCUCUUUGAACAGCAUAUAGCUCUCUCUUCUCCUUCCCCUUGGGUUUCAGCAUUUUAGGGUUCACUCUCUCUGCUUCUCUCUGAUCCCGCAUGUAGCUUUUUCCCCUUUAUACGCAUUUUUGCCUCAUCUCUCUCUCUCUCUCCUCUGAUAAAGCAUGUUUGCUCUCUUCUCUGAUACAGCAUGUUUCUCUCUCUCUUCCUAUUCUCUCUCUUCUGAACAGCAGAUCUCCUCUCUCUGAUAAAAGCAUGUUUUGGGUCUCUUCUCUCUUUUCUCUCUCCCGAUUACCGGGAGGAGCCCCCCUCUCUCUCUCCUUUAACGCCCUGUUUUCUCCCCUCUCUCUCUCCCCUCUUGAAGAUUAGUCUUCUCCUGAUACAGUUUUUAGCUCUCUCUUUUCUCUCUCUCCCCUAUGUACAGCAUGUAGCUCUCUCUCUCUCUCUCUCUGAUAUAGCAUGUAGCCCUCCUCUCUCUCUCUGAUACAGCAUGUUGCUCUCUCUCUCUCGCUCUCUCUCUGAUACAGCAUGUAGCUCUCUCUCUCUCUCUCUCUCUCUCGCUCUCUCUCUGAUACAGCAUGUAGCUCUCUCUCUCUCUCGCGCUCUCUCUGAUACAACAUGUAGCUCUCUCUCUCUCUCUCUCUCUCUCUCUCUCUCUCUCUCUCUCUCUCUCUCUGAUACAGCAUGUAGCCCUCCUCUCUCUCUCUGAUACAGCAUGAAGCUCUCUAUCUCUCUCUCACUCUCUCUGAUACAGCAUGUAGCUCUCACUCUCUCUCUCUCUGAUACAGCAUUUAGCUCUCUCUCUCAUUCUCUCUCUCUGAUAUAGCAUGUAGCUCUCUCUCUCGCUCUCUCUCUGUAUCUGAUACAGCAUGUAGCUCUCUCUCUCUCUCUGAUACAGCAUGUAGCUCUCUCUCUCUCUCACUCUCUCUGAUACAGCAUGUAGCUCUCUCUCUCUCUCUCUUGCGCUCUCUCUGAUACAGCAUGUAGCUCUCUCUCUCUCUCGCUCUCUCUUAUACAGCAUGUAGCCCUCCUCUGUCUCUCUCUCAAUUCAAUUCAAUUUAAGGGCUUUAUUGGCAUGGGAAACGUAUGUUAACAUUGCCAAAGCAAGUGAAGUAGAUAGUAAACAAAAGUGAAAUAAACAAAAAAUAUUAACAGUAAACAUCACACUCAGAAGUUUCAAAAGAAUAAAGACAUUUCAAAUGUCAUAUUAUGUAUAUAUACAGUGUUGUAACAAUGUGCAAAGAGUUAAAGUACAAAUGGGAAAAUAAAUAAACAUAAAUAUGGGUUGUGUCACGAUCGUUGUCGAACGAGAAGGACCAAGGCGCAGCGUGAUAUGCAUUCAUAUUUAUUUACGGCUAAACACACGACAAAACAACAAACGAAACGUGAAGUCCAAGGUAGCAUACAACCAACAUACCUUACACGGAACAAGAUCCCACAACCCACUAGUGCCAACCGGCUACCUAAGUAUGGUCCCCAAUCAGAGACAACGAGCUACAGCUGCCUCUGAUUGGGAACCACCCUGGCCAACAUAGAUCUAAACGAUCUAGAAACUAAACAUAGAAAACCCAACAUAGCAACACACAACACGGAAAUACACACCCUGACUCAACAAAUACAAGUCCUCAGAGUCAGGGCGUGACAGUUUGUAUUUACAAUGGUGUUUGUUCUUCACUGGUUGCCCUUUUCUUGUGGCAACAGGUCACAAAUCUUGCAGCUGUGAUGGCACACUGUGGUUUUUCACCCAGUAGAUAAGGGAGUUUAUCAAAAUUGGGUUUGUUUUCGUAUUCUUUGUGGAUCGCUGUAAUCUGAGGGAAAUAUGUGUCUCUAAUAUGGUCAUACAUUUGGCAGGAGGUUAGGAAGUGCAGCUCAGUUUCCACCUCAUUUUGUGGGCAGUGUGCACAUAGCCUGUCUUCUCUUGAGAGCCAGGUCUGCCUACGACGGCCUUUCUCAAUAGCAAGGCUAUGCUCACUGAGUCUGUACAUAGUCAAAGUUUUCCUUAAGUUUGGGUCAGUCACAGUGGUCAGGUAUUCUGCCACUGUGUACUCUCUGUUUAGGGCCAAAUAGCAUUCUAAUUUGCUCUGUUUUUUUGUUUGUUCUUUCCAAUGUGUCAAGUAAUUCUCUUUUAGUUUUCUCAUGAUUUGGUUGGGUCUAAUUGUGUUGUUGUUGUUGUUGUUGUUGUUGUCCUGGGGCUGUGUGGGGUCUGUUUGUUUGUGAACAGAGCCCCAGGACCAGCUUACUUAGGGGACUCUUCUCCAAGUUCAUCUCUCUGUAGGUGAUGGCUUUGUUAUGGAAGGUUUGGGAAUCGCUUCCUUUUAAGUGGUUAUAGAAUUGAACGGCUCUUUUCUGGAUUUUGAUAAUUAGCGGGUAUUGGCCUAAUUCUGCUCUGCAUGCAUUAUUUGGUGUUUUACGUUGUACACAGAGGAUGUUUUUGCAGAAUUCUGCAUGCAGAGUCUCAAUUUGGUGUUUGUACCAUUUUGUGAAUUCUUGGUUGGUGAGCGGACCCCAGACCUCACAACCAUAAAGGGCAAUGGGUUCUAUAACUGAUUCAAGUUUUUUUAGCCAGAUCCUAAUUGGUAUGUCAAAUUUUAUGUUCCUUUUGAUGGCAUAGAUGGCCCUUCUUGCCUUGUCUCUCAGAUCGUUCACAGCUUUGUGGAAGUUACCUGUGGCGCUGAUGUUUAGGCCGAGGUAUGUAUAGUUUUUUGUGUGCUCUAGGGCAACGGUGUCUAGAUGGAAUUUGUAUUUGUGGUCCUGGCAACUGGACCUUUUUUGGAACACCAUUAUUUUUGUCUUACUGAGAUUUACUGUCAGGGCCCAGGUCUGACAGAAUCUGUGCAGAAGAUCUAGGUGCUGCCUGUUCUAGUGCCCUCGCCAAUUCAUUGAUAUUCAGUGGGGAGAACAAGUAUUUGAUACACUGCCGAUUUUGCAGGUUUUCCUACUUACAAAGCAUGUAGAGGUCUGUAAUUUUUAUCAUAGGUACACUUCAACUGUGAGAGAUGGAAUCUAAAACAAAAAUCCAUAAAAUCACAUUGUAUGAUUUUUAAGUAAUUAAUUUGCAUUUUAUUGCAUGACAUAAGUAUUUGAUACAUCAGAAAAGCAGAACUUAAUAUUUGGUACAGAAACCUUUGUUUGCAAUUACAGAGAUCAAAUGUUUCCUGUAGGUCUUGACCAGGUUUGCACACACUGCAGCAGGGAUUUUGGCCCACUCCUCCAUACAGACCUUCUCCAGAUCCUUCAGGUUUCGGGGCUGUCGCUGGGCAAUACGGACUUUCAGCUCCCUCCAAAGAUUUUCUAUUGGGUUCAGGUCUGGAGACUGGCUAGGCCACUCCAGGACCUUGACAUGCUUCUUACGGAGCCACUCCUUAGUUGCCCUGGCUGUGUGUUUCGGGUCGUUGUCAUGCUGGAAGACCCAGCCACGACCCAUCUUCAAUGCUCUUACUGAGGGAAGGAGGUUGUUGGCCAAGAUCUCGCGAUACAUGGCCCCAUCCAUCCUCACCUCAAUAUGGUGCAGUCGUCCUGUCCCCUUUGCAGAAAAGCAUCCCCAAAGAAUGAUGUUUCCACCUCCAUGCUUCACGGUUGGGAUGGUGUUCUUGGGGUUGUACUCAUCCUUCUUCUUCCUCCAAACAUGGCAAGUGGAGUUUAGACCAAAAAGCUAUAUUUUUGUCUCAUCAGACCACAUGACCUUCUCCCAUUCCUCCUCUGGAUCAUCCAGAUGGUCAUUGGCAAACGUCAGAUGGGCCUGGACAUGCGCUGGCUUGAGCAGGGGGACCUUGCGUGCGCUGCAGGAUUUUAAUCCAUGACGGCGUAGUGUGUUACUAAUGGGUUUCUUUGAGACUGUGGUCCCAGCUCUCUUCAGGUCAUUGACCAGGUCCUGCCGUGUAGUUCUGGGCUGAUCCCUCACCUUCCUCAUGGUCAUUGAUGCCCCACUAGGUGAGAUCUUGCAUGGAGCCCCAGACCGAGGGUGAUUGACCGUCAUCUUGAACUUCUUCCAUUUUCUAAUAAUUGCGCCAACAGUUGUUGCCUUCUCACCAAGCUGCUUGCCUAUUGUCCUGUAGCCCAUCCCAACCUUGUGCAGGUCUACAAUUGUAUCCCUGAUGUCCUUACACAGCUCUCUGGUCUUGGCCAUUGUGGAGAGGUUGGAGUCUGUUUGAUUGAGUGUGUGGACAGGUGUCUUUUAUACAGGUAACGAGUUCAAACAGGUGCAAUUAAUACAGGUAAUGAGUGGAGAACAGGAAGGCCUCUUAAAGAAAAACUAACAGGUCUGUGAGAGCCGGAAUUCUUACUGGUUGGUAGGUGAUCAAAUACUUAUGUCAUGCAAUAAAAUGCAAAUGAAUUACUUAAAAAUCAUACAAUAUGAUUUUCUGGAUUUUUGUUUUAGAUUCCGUCUCUCACAGUUGAAGUGUACCUAUGAUAAAAAUUACAGACCUCUACAUGCUUUGUAAGUAGGAAAACCUGCAAAAUCGGCAGUGUAUCAAAAACUUGUUCUCCCCACUGUAUAUGUUGAAGAGAGUGGGGCUUAAACUGCAUCCCUGUCUCACCCCACGGCCCUGUGGAAAGAAAUGUGUGUUUUUUGCCAAUUUUAACCGCACACUUGUUGUUUGUGUACAUGGAUUUUAUAAUGUCGUAUGUUUUUCCUCCAACCCCACUUUCCAUCAAUUUGUAUAGCAGACCCUCAUGCCAAAUUGAGUCGAAAGCUUUUUUGAAAUCAACAAAGCAUGAGAAGACUUUGCCUUUGCCUUUGUUUUGGUUUGUUUGUUUGUCAAUUAGGGUGUGCAGGGUGAAUACGUGGUCUGUCGUACGGUAAUUUGGAAAAGGCCAAUUUGACAUUUGCUCAGUACAUUGUUUUCACUGAGGAAAUGAACUAGUCUGCUGUUAAUGAUAAUGCAGAGGAUUUUCCCAAGGUUGCUGACGCAUAUCCCACGGUAGUUAUUGGGGUCAAAUUUGUCUCCACUUUUGUGGAUUGGGGUGAUCAGUCCUUGGUUCCAAAUAUUGGGGAAGAUGCCAGAGCUAAGGAUGAUGUUAAAGAGUUUAAGUAUAGCUAAUUGAAAUUCGUGGUCUGUAUAUUUUAUAAUUUCAUUGAGGAUACCAUCAACACCACAGGCCUUUUUGGGUUGGAGGGUUUGUAUUUUGUCCUGUAGUUCAUUCAAUGUAAUUGGAGAAUCCAGUGGGUUCUGGUAGUCUUUAAUAGUUUAUUCUAAGAUUUGCAUUUGAUCAUGUAUAUUUUUAGCGUUUGUUCUCUGUUAUAGGGCCAAAAAGGUUGGAGAAGUGGUUUACCCAUACAUCUCCGUUUUGGAUAGAAGCUCUUCGGUUUGUUGUUUGUUUAGUGUUUUCAAUUUUCCAGAAGUGGUUAGUCAUCUCUCUAUUUAGUCUUUCUAUCGUCUCUCAUCGCUAAUCUCCUAAACAGCCUCUCGUAAUCAUCUCUGUCUCUCUGCUUCUCAAUAAAGAAUGUAGCACGACUCACUACGAUCUAGUACAUCGCUCUCUCUCUCUCUCUCUAUUCUCUUCUACUCUCCUCUCUAUAAAGCAUGGAGCCCCCUCUCUCUCUCUCUCUCUCUCUCCAUAAAGCAGUGGCCUCUCUAUCUCUCAAUUCAAUUAGUUAAGGGCUUUAUUGGAUGGGAAAUGUAAACUUAUUCUAGCUCUCUAUCUCGCGAUCACUAUCUCGCUCGUCUCUCAGCUCGCUAUCUCUCUCCUCUCUAUCUCCUCUCUCUCUCUCUACUCUGCUCUCUCUCUCUCUCUCUCUCUCUCUCAGUUCAAUUCAAUUCAAUUCAAUUUAAGGGCUUUAUUGGCAUGGGAAACAUAUGUUAACAUUGCCAAAGCAAGUGAAGUAGAUAAUAAACAUAAGUGAAAUGAACAAUAGAAAUGUACAGGAAACAUUACACUCACACUCAAGUUCCAAAAGAAUAAAGACAUUUAAAAUGUCAUAUUAUGUGCAAAUAGUUAAAGUACAGUGCCUUGCAAAAGUAUUCAGCCCCCUUGGCGUUUUUUCCUAUUUUGUUGCAUUACAACCUGUCAUUUAAUUGGAUUUUUAUUUGGAUUUCAUAUAAUGGACAUAGUCCAAAUUGGUGAAGUGAAAUGAAGAAAAUAACUUGUUUCAGAAAAUUCUAAAAAAUAAAUAACUGAAAAGUGGUGCGUGCAUAUGUAUUCACCCGCUUUGCUAUGAAGUCCCUAACUAAGAUCUAGUGCAACCAAUUACCUUCAGGAGUCACAUAAUUAGUUAAAUAAAGUCCACCUGUGUGCAAUCUAAGUGUCACAUGAUCUCAGUAUAUAUACACCUGUUCUGAAAGGCCCCAGAGUCUGCAACACCACUAAGCAAGGGGCACCACCAAGCAAGCUGCACUAUGAAGACCAAGGAGCUCUCAAAACAGGUCAGGGACAACGUUAUGGAGAAGUACAGAUCAGGGUUGGGUUAUAAAAAAAUAUCAGAAACUUUGAACAUCCCACGGAGCACCAUUAAAUUAUUUUAAAAAUGGAAAGAAUAUGGCACCACAACAAACCUGCCAAGAGAGGGCCGCCCACCAAAACUCACGGACCAGGCAAGGAGGGCAUUAAUCAGAGAGGCAACAAAGAGACCAAAGAUAACCCUGGAGCUGCAAAGCUCCACAGCGGAGAUUGGAGUAUCUGUCCAUAGGACCACUUUAAGCCGUACACUCCACAAAGCUGGGCCUUCCGGAUGAGUGGCCAGAAAAAAGCCAUUGCUUAAAGAAAAAACCCCGAGAACACCAUCCCCACAUUGAAGCACGGUGGUGGCAGCAUCAUGCUGUGGGGAUGUUUUACAUCGGCAGGUACUGGGAAACUGGUCAGAAUUGAAGGAAUGAUGGAUGUGGUUUAAGGGGAAACAUUUAAAUGUCUUGGAAUGGCCUAGUCAAAGCCCAGACCUCAAUCCUAUUGAGAAUCUGUGGUAUGACUUAAAGAUUGCUGUACACCAGCGGAACCCAUCCAACUUGAAGGAGCUGGAGCAGUUUUGCCUUGAAGAAUGGGCAAAAAUACCAGUGGAUAGAUGUGCCAAGCUUAUAGAGACAUACCCCAAGAGACUUGCAGCUGUAAUUGCUGCAAAAGGUGGCUCUACAAAAUAUUGACUUUGGGGGGGUGAAUAGUUUUUAUAUUUUAUUUUUCUUGUUUGUUUCACGAUAAAAAAUAUUUUGCAUCUUCAAAGUGGUAGGCAUGUUGUGUAAAUCAAAUUAUACAAACCCCCCCAAAAAUCCAUUUUAAUUCCAGGUUGUAAGGCAACAAAAUAGGAAAAAUGCCAAGGGGGGUGAAUACUUUCGCAAGCCACUGUAUCUCUUACAGAGUAGAGAUAAUCAGCCAAUUCAUAUUCUCUGUUCAGAGCCAGAUAACAAUUUAGUCGGCUUUGGGAUUUUGUUUCAUUUUUCCAAUGUUGUAAAUAUGAGUCCUUUGAUUGGUUCAUGAUUUUGUUUAUUUGAAUUAUUUUUCUCUUUCGCUCUUUCGCUCUCUCACUCUGAUACAGCAUGUAGCCCUUCUCUCUCUCUCUCUCUCUCUCUUUCUCUUGCUCUCAUACAGCAUGUAGCCCUUCUCUCUCUCUCUCUCUGAUACAGCAUGUAGCCCUUCUCUCUCUCUCUCGCUCUCUCGCUCUCUCGCUCUCUCUCUCUCUCUCUCGCUCUGAUAUAGCAUGUAGCCUUCCCAGAGGGGUUGGGUUAAAUGCGGAAUACACAUUUCAGUUGAAUGCAUUCAGUUGUACAACUGACUAGAUAUCCCCCUCCCCCCCCCCCACCCCCCCCCCCCCCCCCCCCCCCCCCCCCCCCCCCCCCCCCCCCCCCCCCCCCCCCCCCCCCCCCCCCCUCUGUCUAUCUCGCUCUCUCUCUCUCUCUGUCUUGCUCUCUCUCUGUCUCUCUCUCUCUCUCUCUCUCUCUCCCCCCUUGUCCUUUCCUCAUGGCAACGGGCCACAAAUCUUGCUGCUGUGAUUGUGGGUCAGUGUGAUCUGUGGGAAAUAUGUCUCUAAUGUGGUCAUACAUUUGGCAGGAGGUUAGGAAGUGUAGCUCAGUUUCAACCUAAUUUUGUGGGCAGUGGGCACAUAGCCUGUCUUCUCUCGAGAGCCAGGUCUGCCUAUGUCAGCCUCUCUCAAUAGCAAGGCUAUGCUCACUGAGUCUGUACAUAGUCCAUUUUCUUAAUUUGAGUUCAGUCACAUUGGUCAGGUAUUCUGCCACUGUGUACUCUCUGUUUGGGGCCAGAUAGCGAUCCAACUUGCUCUGUUUUUUGGUUGAUUCUUUCCAGUGUGUCAAAUAGUUAUCUUUUUGCUUUCUCAUAAUUUGGUCGGGUCUAAAUGUGUUUCUGUCCUGGGGCUCUGUGGGGCCUGUUUGUGUUUGUGAACAGAGCCCCAGAACCAGCUGGCCGAGGAGACUCUUCUCUAGGUUAAUCUCUCUGUAGGUGAGGGCUUUGUGGUGGAAUGUGUGGGCAUCACUUCCUUUUAGGUGGUUGUAGAAUUUAACAGCUCUUUUCUGGAUUUUGAUAACUAGCGGGUAUAGUCCUAAUUCUGCUCUGCAUGCAUUGUUUGGGGUUUUGCGUUGUACACAAAGUAUAUUUUUGCAGAAUUCUGCAUGCAGAGUCUCAAUUGAAUGUUUGUCCCAUUUUGUGAAUUCUUGGUUGGUGAGUGGACCCCAGACCUCACAACCAUAGAGGGCAAUAGGUUCGAUAACUGAUUGAAGUAUUUUUAGCCAGAUCCUAAUUGGGAUGUUGAGUUUUAUGUUCCUUUUGUUGGCAUAGAAGGCCCUUCUUGCCUUGUCUCUUAGAUUAUUCACAGCGUUGUGAAAGUUACCUGUGGUGUUGAUAUUUAGGCCGAGGUAGGUGUAAUUCUUUGUGUGCUCUAGGGCAACGGUGUCUAGAUAGAAUUAGAAUUUGAUGCUACUGGACCUUUUUUGGAACACCAUUAUUUUUGUCUUACUGAGAUUCACUGUCAGGGCCCAGGUUUGAAAGAUUCUGUGCAGAAGAUCUAGGUGCUGGUGUAUGCCCUUCUUGGUUGGGGACAGAAGCACCAGAUCAUCUGAAAAACAGUAGACAUUUGAUUUCUGAGUCCAGUAGGGUGAGGCUGGGUGCUGCAGACUGUUCUAGUGCCCUCGCCAAUUCAUUGAUAUAUAUGUUUAAGAGGGUGGGGCUCAAGCUGCAUCCCUGUUUCACCCCAUGGCCCCGAGGAAAGAAAUCUGUGUGUUUAUUGUGAACAUUGAUUUUAUAAUGUCAAAUGCUUUUCCCCCAACACCGCUUUCCAUCAAUUUGUAUAUUGCAGACCCUCAUGCCAAAUUGAGUCAAAAGCUUUUUUGAAAUCAACAAAGCAUGAGAAGACGUUUUGUUUUGUUUGUUUGUCAAUAAGGGUGUGCAGGGUGUACACGUGUUCUGUCGUACGGUAUUUUGGUAAGUAGCCAAUUUGACAUUUGCUCAGGACAUUGUUUUCGCUGAGCAAAUGUUGGAGUCUGCUGUUGAUGACACUGCAGAGGAUUUUUCAGGGAUUGCUGCUGACGCAGAUUCCACUGUAAUUAUUGGGGUCAAAUUUGUCUCCACUUUUGUGGAUUGGGGUGAUCAGGCCUUGGUUCCAAAUAUUAGGGAAGAUGCUACAGCUGAGGAUAAUGUUCAAGAGUUUAAGAAUAGCCAAUUUGAAUUUGUUGUCUGUGUAUAUCAUUUAAUUUAGUAUACCAUCAACACCACAGGCCUUUUUGGGUUGGAGGGUUUGUAUUUUAUCAUGUAGCUCAUCCAAUGUAAUUCGAGAAUCCAGUAGGUUCUGAUAGUCUUUAAUAGCUGAUUCUAAGUUUUGUAAAUUAUCAUGUAUAUGUUUUUGCUCUUGGUUCUUUGUUAUAUGGCCGAAAAGGUUGGAGAAGUGGCUUAUCCAUACAUCUCCAUUUUGGAUAGAUAGUUCCUCGUGUUGUUGUUUGUUUAGUGUGUUCCAAUUUUCCCAGAAGUGAUUUGAUUCUAUGGAUUCCUCAAUCACAAUGAGCAGUUUUUUGACAUGCUGUUCCUUAUUUUUUCUUAUGCUAAGGUUUUUUGGUUCUCUGUGUUUUUGGUUGGAUAGGUUUCUCAAUAUCUUUCUUAGGUUUUUACAUUCUUCAUCAAACCAUUUCUCAUUGUUGUUAGUUGUCUUAGGGUUUCUGCCGGAAUUUAAAUUUGAUAUGUUAGCUGAUAGGUCAAAUAUAUUGUUCAGGCUUCCUACUGUUAAGUUUACAUCUUUAUUAUUGCAGGAAAACAUUUUGUCCAGGAAGUUGUCUUGGAGGGAUUGGAUUUGUUGUUAGCCAAUUGUUUUUUGGUAGGUUUCUACACUGCCCUCCUUCCAUCUAUAGCGUUUCUUAAUAGUAUACAGUUUGUUUGGCUUCGAUGCCUCAUUGUUGAUUAUUGCUCUAUUCAAGUAGAUUGUGAUUCAAGUAGAUAUCUCUGAUACAGCAUGUAGCCCUUCUCUCUCUCUCUCUCUCUCCCUCUCUCUCUCUCUCAUACAGCAUGUAGCUCUCCUCUCUCUCGCCCUCUCACUCAUACAGCAUGGAGACCUUCUCUCUACUGUAGCAGCUAAAUGGAUUUAUGCCGUAUUGCAGGUCCCAAUUCCCAUCCUAUCCAUCCCCCUAACCCUUUGCAGAUCUGAAGGGUCUAGAUAGGUAUAAGGAGUGGUGUGGUGGAGCUUUCACCAUAUUGCUUCCUCCUUACAGAUCUGUUAGAUUCUGAUCACAGGCUUUACCAAGAGCAGAUCAGUGUUGAUAUCUUAUUGCCUGGGUAAUAAUAUACUUUUUAGGGAGCCCUCUUCUGUUUCUACUCUGAUCGAAGUACAACACACAGGCCAAAUGUAUCACCAUAUUCCAGAGAAUUCUAUAAGCCAAUCAUUGCUUUGAUGAUGACUAACUGAUGACAUGUAAUCGUAAAACUCCUCGUCCCCUGUUAACCUUCUCUCAAAACCGCUGAGCCUUCAUGUUCUUUAUCGGCCCAUAAUUAUGACGAUGACUAGGUGAAAUAGUAUAGUAAUUUCAAAUAGAUGUGAGAGUAAUUGAAGGCUAAUCGAGUUUUAUAAGACUUUUCAUUGCUAUUGCUUUAAUCUAGGGCCCUAAUUAAAGAAAGUCUGCAGUGUUCAUAGGGACUGCGUUAGUGACGGAAUGGAGCAUUUGUAGUGGUGGGGCCCGGCCCGGCCAGCCUGGAUGGCGGAGGUUAUUUAGCAAGGUUUUAAAGCAUCUGAAUGCUGUUAGUGGGAAUACUGCCUGCCUGGCUGCCAUGUCUGUUCUGAGUUCUGAAGAAAAAUAAGUCCAGCUGCCAACCUAAUCCAUCUGUUCUAUGGAACAUGAUCAAAGAUCCACGAGUUCUAGGUCUGAGUCAUUUAAACAUAAUUUACAGUCAGAGCACAGAGGCAAUUUAUAUCCAGCAGGAGAUGGGGUUACCACAUCUCAGUGAUAACUCUGCAUGUCUUUUCAAUGAUAAUAAUUAAUAAUUGAUUUUAUUUCUAUAGCGCUUUUCCAGAUGGUCAAAGCUCUUUAGUUAGCAAUGGGGGAAACUCACCGUACCUGACAUUUUGCACCAGAAAGCUCACCACACAUCAGCUAUCACAGUGUAGAGAAGGGUAUUAGUAUGUGGCUGUACAAGGUCACUCUUGAUAAUUGUCCUGUUAAUUGUCCUGUUCCUGUCCAGCUGCUGAAGUUUGUCCCAGAGAAGAGUGACGUGGAUCUCCUGGAGGAGCACAAGCAUGAGCUGGACCGCAUGGCCAAGGCUGACCGCUUCCUCUACGAGAUGAGCAGGUACAUACUUUGGUUUGGUAUAAUGACUUUUGGUACUGCUACAUUGUGUAACACCACAUUCCCCACAAUAAUAAUAAUAAUAAUAAAAAUAAUAUUACAUUUUAUUUGUAAUGCGCUUUUCAAAACCCCAAAGUGCUAAAACCCCAAAGUGCUAGACACUAUCCACAGCAUGUUAUUUUGUUGUUUGUUGGUAUACUGUGGAAAAUAUUCAGCUGCUCUCGGAUGACAAUGGAUUUUGACUUUAAAACUGCUUCUUCAUUGUUAACAUGUAGCCUUCAUCAGGGCUUUUCUCCUUUGUUGGUUUACUGUAACAACACUUUCUGUGUAACUAGUCUUGAAUCAACAUUGCAGUUAACAGGAAUUGACACAUAUCAUUGUAAUACCACCAGGAGUAUAUGUAAACAGCAUGACACUCAGUGACACAUGCUAGCUGGAUGUCAACAUCUUUUAACACAAAUCACUUUAGCAUAUCUACAGUAACUGCUGAGGGACAUCACUGCCAGACAUGAAGCUGUGUCCCCGAUCUGCCAGUGAAGGCCAUUGGUCCUGACUGUGAGGGCUUGGGGAGAGCAGAACGAUUGGUAUUGUUCUUUAGUGAAUAAAAUAGACAGCACUGCCCUGCAUUUUGCCCUGUGUAGGCCAAACACAUUUAUUACCUUUUGGAGUGCUGUCCGUUUAAUUCACUAUGGAUUAUAAUUACGAGAAUUCAGCCCCCAACUAGUUUUAGAAGUAUAAUAUGUGAGUGAGAAAAUUGUUAAUUAUUUAUUUUGAUAAUUUUUUACCAUGAGUCAUGGUAUCUGAGCUGAGGGGGAGGCUGUGGCUGAAUUGGCGCCUGUGGCUGAAUGGGUCCCUGUGGCUGAAUGGGUCCCUGUGGCUGAGGGGGAGCCUGUGGCUGAAUGGGUCCCUGUGGCUGAGGGGGAGCCUGUGGCUGAGGGGGAGCCUGUGGCUGAAUGGGUCCCUGUGGCUGAGGGGGAGCCUGUGGCUGAAUGGGUCCCUGUGGCUGUGGUUGAGGGGGAGGCUGUGGGGGAGGGGGAGGCUGUGGUUGAGGCUGUGGUUGAGGGGGAGGCUGGUGCAAAGGUGGCAGCAAGCAGCUGA